CCGCAUGUUACGCAUAUACUGACAACAAACCGCAUGCUGCGCAUACAUUGGAAAGUCUUCGGUGCCUUCUGUGCGGAAGACAUGACGUUACGUUCAAGGUCACACAAUGCAACCCACCAGCACCCACCACGCCAUUCCCUCCCUCCCUAGCACAGCAGAAUCGACGACAAGACACAACCCGACGCGACACGAACAAACGGCCAGCGAACAAAAUUCCCCACCUGCCUACAGCCCCGAGCGCGCUCCCGGCCCCCCGCGCCUCCAGUCGCCGAAACCUGUGUCUCAAAUACUGCAUGCAUGCAAGCACGACCACCAACGCACCCCGUACAUACAUGUGAACAGAGGCUAUGUUCGAGCAUCCUCAUACGUGUGUAUAUGGACAGCCAGUCUUCGUAUCCGGCCAACAGCCAGUGGAGCCCCGGUCCGCUUGUCGUGCAGCCGUAGCAGUGCGAGUAGGACCGACCUGAUUGAACGACGGCUUCCGCGAUGCUGACCGCCAUGGCGGCGAUAUUGAGGAAGGCCGACGCAGGCGCCGGGAGCGCGCAAGAGGAGGGAGGCACGGCGGAUACAGGUGGUCAAACCGUCACCAGCAUCACCGUUGCGAGCUGCUACCAUCGCCACGGCAUGCCUGUUUACCCACCCGACGGCUUCUCCUCUCUUACUCUACCCUACCAGCCCGGCACACAAGCCCAGCAGGCGAUACCGGAUGCCCAAGUGCCCAAGCACGGCCAGGCCGGUGGCGCAGCACUGCCGCCGGCGGCACUACUUCUCGCUCACCUCACACUAGUGUCUUUUUGUCUUUAUCCUAGUCAGCCUUUGAUACUGCGCGCGCAAGCGGACGAGCCCGGUCGUGGUCGGGCCCGAGGAGGCGAGACGUGGUGGCUAAAUCGCGGCGGAUGCGUGGAUGGGCUGCCUCGGUCUUGUAGUAAUGUAGCGCAGACAGGCAUGGGAGGACUCGAGUAA